UGCUCUGCUUCCUCUGCCUGAAUCUUUCUCUGGAUCCAGCAGCCAUGGAAGGGAAGCAGCUGCGGGGCAUCCCUGCUUUGCCUCCCUGGCUCCUCUGCCUCCUGCUUCUGCUGCCUUCCUCCUCCUCCUCCUUGGAGGGAAGGGGAGCCCCCAGGACUCUAGGUACAUCUGAACCGUCUUUUAUUGCAAAGAGCGAAGACCGCUUGUUUAAACACUUAUUUGAAGACUAUGAAAGAUGGGUUCGCCCGGUGGAACGCUUGAAUGAUACCAUCAAAGUGAAAUUUGGCCUUGCCAUUUCCCAGUUGGUGGAUGUGGAUGAGAAAAAUCAACUAAUGACGACAAAUGUUUGGUUGAAGCAGGAAUGGGUUGACGUAAAGCUAAAGUGGGACCCCAAAGACUAUGCUGGAAUCACAUCUAUCCGUGUUCCAUCUGAUUCCAUAUGGAUUCCAGACAUUGUUUUGUAUGACAAUGCAGAUGGUCGUUUUGAAGGGACAUCCACAAAAACAGUUGUGAAACAUGACGGUACUAUUGCUUGGACUCCGCCAGCAAAUUACAAAAGUUCCUGUACCAUAGAUGUUACUUAUUUUCCGUUUGAUCUCCAAAACUGCUCCAUGAAAUUUGGUUCCUGGACCUACGAUGGCUCACAAGUUGAUAUAAUUCUCGUGGACGAAGAAGUUGACAAAAGGGAUUUCUUUGACAAUGGCGAAUGGGAAAUAGUGGCUGCGACUGGCAUCAGAGGGAACAGAACUGAUGGAUGCUGUUGGUAUCCGUUUAUUACGUACUCAUUUAUAAUUAGACGGUUGCCUCUCUUUUAUACGCUGUUCCUCAUUAUACCCUGCAUUGGGUUAUCCUUUUUAACAGUCCUCGUCUUCUAUCUUCCAUCUUAUGAAGGUGAGAAGAUCUCUCUGUGCACAUCGGUGCUGGUAUCUUUAACUGUCUUUCUUCUUGUCAUUGAAGAAAUCAUACCCUCCUCUUCUAAAGUUAUACCUUUGAUCGGCGAGUACUUGGUAUUUACAAUGAUUUUUGUGACCUUAUCCAUUGUAAUAACUGUCUUUGCAAUUAAUGUUCACCAUCGCUCUUCAUCGACGCACAGCGCGAUGGCGCCUUGGGUCCGCAAGAUUUUUCUUCAGAAGCUUCCCAAACUGCUUUGUAUGCGGAGCCACGUCGAUAGAUACUUUGCUCAGGAAGAGGAGACCAGCAGUACCAACGGGUCUGAGUCUUCUAGGAACACCUUGGAAGCAGCCUUAAACUCUAUCCGCUAUAUCACAAGGCACAUCACCAAGGAGAAUGAAGUACGUGAGGUUGUUGAGGACUGGAAGUUUAUAGCGCAGGUGCUUGACCGCGUGUUCUUAUGGACAUUCCUCCUGGUUUCGAUUAUUGGAUCUUUGGCACUGUUUAUUCCUGUGAUUCAUAAGUGGGCAAGCAUAAUAGUACCAGUCCAUAUUGGAAGCAUUAAUAAAUAAAUGUGUGGGCGGGAAUGGAGUUAAUCCUUUUAGGAAUGUUAUUUUUAAAGAUGCAUAGUAGUACCAUUAUCUGGCACCAUUUUAGCAUUGAAUUAUGAAAUCUUUGAAGGGAUAGACUUGGGGGGGUAAAGGAUAGACCUGGGAGGGGAAAUCUAUGCCUAUACUUCAGUAUGAACAUCUUAGGACUUGUACAAAACAUUUUUCUAAGUGUUAGUUCAUCACUUUCCUGUAAGUGUUUCAGAUUUCACCAGUAUACUAUUGCUGCCUUGAUCCAAAAUCUACCUGCAAAACAUAUCUGGCCCAAUAUAGAGAGUAACCAGUUUCAAACUGUUUCAUAUAUAUUGCCUUAGUGACUUUUUACUAGGGUCCUAUAAAACAGGAAAAUUUAAUUACUCUAAAUAGUAGGUAAAGUGGAGAGAAUAAUGGCUUGCUUAAUGCAACCAAGGGAUCUUGUUGGUUUAAAAAUGGGGACUGCCAAAUUCUUAGGCCUUUCUUCUGAAUCAUGAUGUGGCACCUCUGCUGUUGACCCAUACGUUUCAGGUAUUUCUAAUUACAUUUCAGUUAGAUUCCUCUGGAAUCUGUUCUUCUGUCUGUUGUGUGUUGCCAUGUAGCAAAACAGUCGGCCCUCCAUAUCCACUGGUUUUUUUAUCCAUGGAUUCAACCAUCCACAGCUUGAAAAUAUUUUUAAAAAAAUCUAAAUUCCCCAAAACAAGCCUUGAU